UAUUCAUCCUCUGCUCAAACCUCAGUUCCAUCCUCAUCUUUCGAGCUAAAAAACCCUAGCAAGAAUCAGUCUACUCUCAAGCGCCUGACCGGAAGCUCAGGUAGUCGCCGAAGAUCGCCUGAUCCAAUCUCCACUACAGGGAAUUCAUCUCGCGUGCUUACCAAAACGAAACCUUCUGAUCUGGCUCCCACUAAGAUCAAGAACGAGCAGAAUUUGAGUUCCAUGGUGAAGAAAUUCAUGGAUAGGAGAUCCAAAAUGAAGGCAAGAGCAGAUUACUCGACUUUCGUUAUUCCUGCCGACUUUAUAGCUGAGGAUCUGAAGAAGACGGCAGCCAAAGGUUCAAAGUUUUCAGCUUUCCCCAGGAAAAUGUUCCAAAAGGGCUUUCCAGCAACGGAACGAACUGAGAUAAAGGCAUUAACGGAGGUGAAGGCGAACACAAGGACGUUAGCAAUGGUGCUUAGGAGUGAGAGGGAGCUUUUGAGCCAGAAUAAAGAGUACGAUACAGAAAUAACGGAGCUCAAGAUGAUGCUAGAGGAGAAAAAUAGAGAAGUUGAGAAGUUGAAAGAUUUGUGUUUGAAACAAAGGGAAGAAAUAAAAUCCUUGAAAAGCGCUAUUCUGUUCCCAGAUGUUAUGAACUCUCAACUUCAGGAGCUUUUAGAGAAGCAGGGAUCAGAACUUAAACAGGCAAGACAGGUCAUUCCAUCUCUCCAGAGACAGGUGACAUCUCUAACAGGCCAGCUCCAAUUUCUUGCUGAGGAUCUUGCUGAGGUAAAAGCAGAUAAGUAUGCAGUACGAGCAUGUGUGGAACAUCAUGGCCACUCUCCAAAAACACCUGCAUACAAUCAAGAGGCUGCUAAUUCUUUGGAAUACAGUUCAGGGGAUUCAGUGACUCCUGGUAGUCCGGAUGACAUGCUUCUCAAAGAUUUGAAUCCUUGUUUGACACCUCAUUUUGCCAUGACAAAGUCUAAGGAGCUUGAGAUGAUGGGUUAUGAAUCUCCAAAUGAGGAGCAGUUAAGAAACAAUACAGGAGCGUGGAAUGAUAACUGCUUGGUGUCUCAUCGGGAGAAACUGCCCAAGAGCUCUUAGUAUUGCCAAAGGCCAAGUUUGAGGAGUGCAGCUAGACGUGUGGCUUGCAGGUCAGAUGAGAAUAAAUGUAUUAAUGAAAAGUUAAUGUAUCAAAAGCAUUUCUGAAUGUGAGUUGUCAUUGGCUCAAGUUGCACUCCCAUUACCAUUUCUUUUUCCCUUUUCUCCAAUUAGUUUGUUUCUUUGGUUUGUUGCAGUAAUCUGUAAUGUCAUAGUUGGAAAAUAUAAUGGGAAAAAUGAUUCAGAGAUCCCUUAUGUCUGUAUCAAUGAAAUAAGAAAUAUAAUGUUGUACAAC